AUGGGGCCCGCCGUGCCUCCCUCUCCGCUCACGCCGGGGGCCCCGGAGGAAGCCGAGGCCGCCGUGUGCUGCCGAGCGGCCGUGCCCGCGGCACUGGCCACCUGCACGGCCGUCCUCGCCCUGGGAGUCCUCUGGGCCCUGCUGUCGGCCCAGGGCGUCCGCGUGGAGCACACGGCCGAGCUGCGGGGCCUCCGGUUCGCCAGCAGCCUGCGGCACGAGGCCUCGGACUACCACCGCGCGCUGACGGCCGCGCUGGAGACGCUGUUUGUAAAGAGCUUUCGGAAGACAGAGCUGGAGAGCAGCUGCGUGGGCUGCACGGUGCUGAGUUACGGGGACGGGAACGCCAGCGUCCUCGUGCAUUUCCAACUGCACUUCCUGCUGCGAGCCCUCUGGCCGCUGAGCCUGGGGCUGGAGGCCGAGCUGCUGCAGCAGGGCGUGCGGGCCCAGCUGCGGGGACACGGCGUGCUCCUGGCCCCCUACGGCACCAUCGAGGCCGCCGAGCUCACGGGAAGCCGUCGGGGGCUGUGGACACGCAGGGACUCAAACUCAGGCCGCUGCCCCGGGAGCGCCUUCUCCUGCGGGAACGGCCAGUGCGUGGCCAAGGUGAACCCGGAGUGCGACGACAGCGUGGACUGCGCGGACGCAUCGGACGAGGCGCACUGCGACUGCGGCCGGCAGCCCGGGCGGAGCUCGGCGGGCAGGAUCGUGGGCGGCGUGCAGGCGGCGCCCGGGGAGUUCCCCUGGCAGGCCAGCCUGCGCGAGGGCAAGGAGCACUUCUGCGGCGCCGCUGUGCUGGGGGCGCGCUGGCUGCUGUCCGCAGCGCACUGCUUCAACGAGUUCCAGGAGCCCGGCGAGUGGGUGGCCUACGCGGGCUCCACGCGCCUCAGCGGCUCGGAGGCCAGCACGGUGCGGGUCCGCGUGGCGCGGGUCGUCAAGCACCCGCGCUACGACCCCGACACGGCCGACUUCGACGCGGCGCUGCUGGAGCUGGCGGGGCCGCUGCGCUUCGGCCGCUACGUGCAGCCCGUGUGCCUGCCGGCCGCCGCCCACGCCUUCCCGCCCGGCAGGAAGUGCCUCAUCUCCGGCUGGGGCUACCUGCGGGAGGACUUCCUGGUCAAGCCGGAGGUGCUCCAGAAAGCCACGGUGGAGCUGCUGGACCAGGCCCUGUGCGCCGGCCUCUACGGCCACGCGCUCACCGACAGGAUGCUGUGUGCCGGCUACCUGGACGGGAAGGUGGACUCGUGCCAGGGAGACUCGGGGGGCCCGCUGGUGUGCCAGGAGCCCUCGGGCAGGUUCUUCCUGGCCGGCAUCGUGAGCUGGGGCAUCGGCUGCGCGGAGGCGCGGCGGCCCGGGGUGUACGCGCGCGUCACCAGCCUCCGACACUGGAUCCUGGAUGUGACGGGCGGGAUGCCCACGGCGGCUCCUGCUCCCAGCAGCCCCGACGCCCCCACGGGACCCACGCCAGCCCCCGGCCCUGCGCCUCCAGGCUCGGCCACCACGCCGAAGCCACGAGGGUGCGGGGCCAGGCCCGCCAUGGAGAAGCCGACGCGGAUCGUGGGCGGGCUGGGGGCGGCGCCCGGCGAGGUGCCCUGGCAGGCCAGCCUCCAGGAGGGCUCGCGCCACUUCUGUGGGGCCACCGUGGUGGGCGAGCGCUGGCUGCUGACCGCCGCCCACUGCUUCAACCACACCAGGGUGGAGCAGGUGCGCGCCCACCUGGGCACGGCGUCCCUGCUGGGCGUGGGCGGCAGCCCGGUGAAGGUGGGGCUGCGCCGCGUGCUGCUGCACCCCCAGUACGACGCCAGCGUCCUGGACUUCGACCUGGCCGUGCUGGAGCUCGCCAGGCCCCUGGUCUUCAACGAGCACAUCCAGCCGGUGUGCCUCCCGCCAGCCACGCAGCAGUUCCCCGCCGGCCGCAAGUGCGUCAUCUCGGGCUGGGGGAGCACGCGGGAGGGCAACGCCAGCAAGCCCGACGCGCUGCAGACGGCGUCCGUGGGCAUCGUGGACCAGAGGACCUGCAGCGCGCUCUACAACUUCUCCCUCACCGACCGCAUGGUGUGCGCCGGCUUCCUGGAGGGCAAGGUGGACUCCUGCCAGGGCGACUCGGGGGGCCCCCUGGCCUGUGAGGAGGCGGCGGGCGUGUUCUACCUGGCCGGCAUCGUGAGCUGGGGCGUGGGCUGCGCGCAGGCGCGGAAGCCGGGUGUGUACACGCGCAUCACCAGGCUCAAGGGCUGGAUCGUGGAGGCCAUGUCCUCCACCUCCCGGCCCCCGGCCCCCUCCGGGACCACCAGCCAGGGCACCGACACCCCACGCGGCCACGCCGGGGACCGUCACCCGCUCCCAGCUGCCAGGCGCCGCCGUGCUGCUGGGACCCUGGCGGCCAACCCUGCCCCCUUAUACUCCCGGGGGUCUGUGUUGGGGAGGGGGCUGCCCGCUGGGGAACACGCCUGGUACCGCGGCAGGCACCUGGGCUCCCCUGCCCAGCCGGGCCUGACCGUGGACAGAGACUGCGGCCUGGCCCCGGCGGCCACGCUGACCAGGAUCGUGGGCGGCAGCGCGGCGGGGCGCGGCGAGUGGCCGUGGCAGGCGAGCUUGCUGCUCCGGCGCCGGGAGCACCGCUGCGGGGCCGUGCUGGUGGCCGACAGGUGGCUGCUGUCCGCCGCGCACUGCUUCGACGCCUACCCCGACCCCAGGCAGUGGGUGGCCGUCCUGGGCACGCCGCUGCUGGGCGGCGCCGAGGGGCAGGUGGAGCGCGUGGCGCGCAUCUACAAGCACCCCUUCUACAACCUCUACACGCUCGACUACGACGCGGCGCUGCUCGAGCUGGCCGGGGCGGCCCGCCGCAGCCGCCUGGUGCGGCCCAUCUGCCUGCCCGAGCCCGCGCCGCGCCCGCCCGGCGGCGCGCGCUGCGUCAUCACCGGCUGGGGCUCGGUGCGCGAGGGAGGCGCCAUGGCGCGGCACCUGCAGCAGGCGGCCGUGCGCGUGCUGAGCGAGCAGACCUGCCGCCGCUUCUACCCGGUGCAGAUCAGCAGCCGCAUGCUGUGCGCCGGCUUCCCGCAGGGCGGCGUCGACAGCUGCUCGGGUGACGCCGGGGGUCCUCUGGCCUGCAGGGAGCCCUCCGGCCGCUGGGUGCUCACGGGGGUCACCAGCUGGGGGUACGGCUGCGGCCGGCCCCACUUCCCCGGGGUCUACACCCGGGUGGCGGCGGUGAGAGCCUGGAUCGCGCAGAACAUCCACGAGUGACCGCCUGCCCCGUGCAAUAAACA